GUUCUUCCUUCUUUGUGAUCCACCCUUCCUUCACCCGCUGCCAUCGUCAUCUCUAGCUCGGCCCCAAUGCUAGACAGCGAACCCCUGGGCACCAGCUCGCCAUAGCAUCCAUCAUGAUAUCGGCAUCAUCAUUCUCGAGGUCUUCGAUUGCGCGGCAGUUGGCCAUCCGACCAGUACCGCCGAGGGACUCGUCGAAUAGAUAAUAAGACCAGUACCACAGCCAACAGCUACGAACCAGAACCUUGGUCUGCGACAGACUGCAAUCCAAACUCGAGGCUCGGAGGCGCAAACACCAUGUCAGCGCUGCACAUCAUCUUCCGCGUCAUCUACGACUCAUUCUACGUCUUCCUGUCCCUGAUCGUCCUGCUGCUGCUCCUUGUCACGCCAGCCGACAAUGUGCGCCUCGCCCUGCAAAACGGCCAGAACCUCCACGUCCUGACCACCGUCGUCUGCCUUUCCGCCACGCUGCUUUUCGUCGUCCUGCUCUAUUUCGCCCGCCUCUAUGUCAACCGAACCGCGCUCGCCAACAUACCCAAGCCGUGGAUCCCCAUCGGCAGGGGCGAGGUCAAGAAGAGUGUGCGCAAGAUGAUUGUUGCUGGCCUGAGCAGGAGUGCCGCUAUUGCCUACGAGUCGAAGCCAAGGGUCGCACCCGCGAGACCGCCCACUGCGAUGACGGAUCCCGAGCAGGGAGAGGACGAGCACACACGCGAGGAGGGAAAGGGAAGGAAAUCCACACUUGGGGUUUUCAGGCUCAAGAAGGCCCCGACCGUGGAGGACAAGAUGGGCAUCACCCUCCCGCCGCACCGGGCAGUCUGGGGCGAGAUCGAGCACUACGGCUGGUCCUCGCCCAACUCGUUUGACCUGCCGAACCUGCAGUACAGCACCGUCAUAUCCGAGCUUCCAAACCUGAUCGAGGCCAAGGCCCUGACCCUGGCACCCCCGGCGCCGGGGCCGGGACCAGACAGCGCAGCCGACCCGCCCGCACUGGACCCGGAGGCGAUCGGCCUGCUGCAGCGGCCCGACAACCUGGCCCUGCGGCAGUACCUCACCCAGCUGGCCGAGCUGGGCGUCCUGGCGCCCUCGCGCACCACGGCCGACUUCCUGUCCGCGUACGAGUAUGCGCGCUACUCGACGCGGCCCAUCUCCAACGCCCGCUUCCGCGAGCUGAUGCACCUCUUUGCCGAGCUGCUGCGCUCCAUGCAGCCGCUCGACCCGGCCGUCCUCGUGGCCCUGGACGACGGCGGCUACUCGGAGGACGACAGCGACAUUGACGACGACGCGCCCCGCCGCAGCCCCCCGAGCACCCCGCGCAGCAGGCACUCCGUCCUCAGCCGCCAGCGCAGCACGGCGUCGCGCGCCUCCACCGCCACGACCGGCAGCGGCGGCUCGUACAUCCGCAGGAAGCCUGGCCAGAACCCGACAAGGCCGCAGGUGGCGGGGCGCGUCUCCUCCGGGGGCACGUGGGGCGGCGCGCCGACGUACCGCACCGCGCCGACGACGCCCAAGACGCAAAGGACCGCCGCGUCGCCGUCUUCGACCUCCAGCAGCGCCAACAGCUUCGCGCAGACCAGGCGGCCGUAUAUCGGGGGCAGCGGCUCCGUCUCGACGUCGAGCAUCGCGUCCGCGUCCGUGGUGGCGCGGUCGCGCUCCGGCCGGUCGUCUGUUGCCAGUGGUGGCAGCGCCGGGUCCGUCGUCAUCCGGCUGGCUGGGCGGGGUGAUGGGGAUGGAAGUGGGUUGCCUUAUGUGCUUUCGCUUGGGGGCGAUUUUGACCGCUAGGGUUAAACGAACCGGCAGGAGAAAGAGAGAAGGAGUGGGAAAGAGCAUGUCUUCCCGACACUUUAUUCCAGCAUCUCGUGUUGGCGUCGAGGAACAUCAAAUCCCGACUUCGCCCAGGCUCUCGCACCGAUGAGCUGGGCCGGAUUUGGACUAUUUAUUGCAUAAUGCUAAUGUCUUUUGAAUCAUUGCCUGUCCUCGAUUCUGUCGGCGUUCACUUGCUCGGCUUGCCGCCGAUCGCGACCCACAAACUCAGGGGAAUGGCCCUCGUUGCAGAUGAGACGCUAGGUGGACCUGGUGCCACGCUGCAGGACUGAAUCUGAACGUGCCUAAAUCGAGGUGAGCGUCCUGUCACCUGCGGGGGCUAAAUCGUCAAAUCAUGAGUGUGGAAAUUCGUAUGACAGGGUUCAUCGAGCUGUUUUGGCCCGUUCCCCACUGCCUGCUUGCCACCCUUGUUCCUGAUACCUCUUCGAGAUGUUCUAAUUAUGCCGGAGAGUGUGUCGCUGCGGUACUGUUUCAGUCCUCUCUGCGUCCAUUGGCGCCAGCCUCUGCUUGAAACCCACCGACGUUCACCAGCUUGCUUUCUACUCCCUACUUAUUCUUGGCCGGAAUCUCUCCCCGUUACAUUCCAUUCCAUUCUUACCUCAGGAGCCCUUGCCCGACUUCAUCUGCCCUAACAAGAUCAAAAAGAGGAAAAGAACCCGGAGAGAUUUUGGGGUGACAAACGUGCGGAAAGAGUCCACGGGUGAUAAGAGAAAGGGAAGCAAGAAGGCCGCUUCUGAAGAUGAGACCAUAGUUUCAUGAAAGAGGCUCAUGAGAGAAAAACCAUGAACUGACCCACAACUCGCCGCCAGCCCGGCAUGCUUACCAGUUCAAGAUGCUCACCAAUCCCGCUGCCACCACAGGAAACACAUCGACGAUCCGAUAGCAGCAACAACAGGGUGAGCCUGUGUGUAUCGCGCUGUAACGUCGUGACAUCGGAUCAGUCGUUUUAGCCCACGCCCGGCGUCCAGAAUUCCAUGCCUUGGUCAUGAGACUGGCUAGCCACUUGCUUGGCCUUGGUGAAACUCCUCAUCAAUGGGAGCCAGCUGGGUCAGGAUGAUCAGAGUCCUUUUGCAUGAGAGUGUUAGCACAAGAAGGACCGUUGGUCAGGGUAUAGGAGUAGGUCUGUGUCGGCUCUGUUAUGCGUAGUACCACCACCCUGGGCCUGGGCCUGGGCCCCGGCCUGGGCUUCGUGGCUCUGCUGCUGUGCUGUGACGAUGUAUUGGUUGGGGAAGUGAAGGUCGACAGCCUGGAUCAUCGCGUUGACCCUAUUGGCCCUGCUCUGCCUACUUUCCCUGCCCGGGACGAAGGUGUUUCCCUGGUGGGUUGUGGUCCAGGGAUAGGACUGCGUUUGGCCCUGAGUAUGGCUACUGGUGCCGCUGUGGUUUGUCAUCAGUAUCAAUUGAAUUUCGACAUGGCUGUGGCGCAAGGGAACGUACUUGGACAUAUCCAGGGUGUGGAGAGCAAGUCUAUUUGACCUGUGGUGAGCCUCGGGAGAGGUAUAUAUCUUUGAUAAUGCUUUUGUAGCGAUACAAUCGACGAAAGAGACGAGAGGGAUAAAGCCGGUGGUGGAAGAGGGCACGAUGCACGUUCGGAUGAGCGCCUGGGACAGGUAAAUAGUAUAUAAUAGGAAAGGAGCAGAACGUGCACAUCGAAUGA